AAGAGGAACAAUCGCUAAUCGCCAAGCACAAAAUGGCGGUCACCAUGGUUGACACUACUGUCACAUGUUUUGGCUAUUUAAUUUUCGCCAGAUUAAUAUCUACUUGCGGUUUUUAAUCUUCAAAGUAACUUCCAGAGCAUCGAGCCAAAUACAAUCUUCUACAUGGAUCUAGUGAAGGUGCGUUCGCAAGUGACAGAUUUUGACAGCAAUUAACGGAUGUUGGAAAGAAAAAGAAGUAGGUUAGAUUGUAAGAUUUUCAAGUGAAUAUUUUCAUUUGUUGACUCUAAACGGGUGAAAUGCUGAACUGUUUGUCGCAGACAUUAAAUUUCAAGUCGCAUCGCACUUUUACAUGUUCCCGACUUUAAUAUAAUCAUCGAACGAAGAUGUCGAAUGAAAACAGAGGGCCGAUUCCACCUCGUUGGCUUCACUGUCCACGUAAGGCGAUGAAGCUGAUCCAGGGCAAAUUUCUGGCCUUCAAGACGCCACUGUCCUCGGCCUACGACAGCCAGGUGCCCGAGGAAUGUCGCUUCAGCGUGGAUAUGUUUUUCGCGAAUCUGAAGAGUCAGAAAGUAAAGAUGGGUCUGUGGAUAGAUUUGACAAACACGACAAGAUUCUAUGAUAGAAAGUCCAUAGAGGAUUUCGGCUGCAAGUAUUUAAAAUUACAGUGCAGGGGUCAUGGCGAGACUCCAUCAGAGGAGCAAACUCAUACUUUUGUGCAGGUGUGCAGAAACUUUAUUGCGCAGAAUCCACUAGAGAUCAUCGGUGUGCAUUGUACGCAUGGCUUCAAUAGAACUGGAUUUCUCACAAUCAGUUACUUAGUGGAAGUAGACAAUAGCAGUGUCGAUGCCGCGUUAGCCGAGUUUGCGACCGCGAGACCUCCUGGAAUCUACAAGGAAGAUUAUAUAAAGGAGUUGUACAGGAGGUACGAUGACAUGGAGGAUGCUCCUCCUCCACCAGCAAGGCCAUCGUGGUGUUUGGAAUAUGAUGAUUCGAAUAUCGAGGAUACAGACGAGGGUCCGAGCACGGAGAACGAAAAUUUUAACGAGGAAGGGCAAGGCAAGAAGAGGAAACGUGAAUUUAAUAAUAAGAAUCCGGUAUUCAUGUCAGGGGUGCCUGGUGUUACUCCAAUUUUAGAGAAAAUGAGACUGUCAGGAAUUCAAAAGCGAGUCCAGGAAAUUUGUGGCUGGAAGUCUACAGGAUUUCCUGGUUCCCAGCCUGUGUCCAUGGAUGUGGAUAAUAUAAUGUUAUUACACGCAAAGCCAUAUAGAGUAUCCUGGAAAGCAGAUGGCACAAGAUACAUGAUGUUAGUACAAGGAGAUGGAGAAGUGUAUUUUAUAGACAGAGAUAACAGCAUCUUUGAAGUAAAUGGAUUGAAAUUUCCACAUGUACGAGACAUAAACAGAUGUUUGAGAGAUACUCUAAUGGAUGGUGAAAUGGUGAUUGACAAAGACAACGGCAAGAAGAUUCCUAGAUAUUUAGUAUAUGACGUUAUUAUGUACGAUGGACAGGACGUUAGUAAAUUAACGUUUCAUCCCGAUCGUUAUGGGAUUAUCGAAAAUAAAAUAAUUAACGGUAGACUGAGAGCUAUGAGAGAGGGACGAUUAGCGAAGCACCGGGAACCCUUUUCAGUGCGACUAAAACAUUUCUGGGACGUAACGUUGAGCAAAGAUUUAUUAGGCGAAAAAUUCUCCAAGCAGCUCUCUCACGAACCAGAUGGUUUGAUAUUUCAGCCCGCCAAGGAAAAAUAUUGUACGGGAGUAUCGCAGGAAGUUUUGAAGUGGAAACCGCAGUCAUUGAAUUCUGUUGAUUUUCGACUUAGAAUCGUUACAGAAACAGGCGUAGGAAUACUGUCGCGAAAAGUCGGGCAUCUUUAUGUGGGCGGACUGAAGACGCCGUAUGGCGUGCUUCCAAAGCUUACCAAGCAACUCAAAGAGUUGGAUAAUGCGAUUAUCGAGUGUAAAUUUGACAAUGGUCAGUGGAUCUUCAUGCGCCAACGUGUGGACAAAUCAUUUCCUAAUUCACACACUACCGCCGAUUCCGUGUACAAAAGUAUCAACAAACCGGUUACGAAAGAGCGGCUUUUGGAAUUUAUCGAGAAAUAUAGAUUUGUACAGGAUGAUUCAGAUCUUAUGCCACCACCAAACAAAAGACCUAGAUAAUUAUAAAUUCAUCGCACCGUGCUACUAUGGUAUACGAAGGACUUCACAUCGAAGAAUCGUAAAUCUUUACGCGUUAACAUAGAAUUUGAUCAUGCAACUUUGAUACGCUGGUCCCCGGACGGAAAGGCAUUUAUUAUUCACAAAGCCAUGGCUAAUACCAUCGAGGUGUAUAAGAUCGCAAAGAAAUCUGAUGGUUAUUUAGCGUCUGCUACCAAGGCACUGGAAUUUCCCCGGCGUCACACCGAGGAUGUCAUCGGAAUGGAUAUUGCAUCUACCGGAAAGUAUAUCAUCACGUGCAGUACAGCAAAUGAUCUUAUUAUAUGGGAUUUGAAAGGACAACCGCUGGCGACUGUGGAGAUGCAUCUGGGAUCUACUCAUCGUGCACGCAUAUCACCCUGUGGUCGAUUUGUUGCUGCCUCUGGCUUUACUCCGGAAGUGAAGGUGUGGGAAGUGGUGUUCAGCAAAUCCGGAGAGUUUAAGCAGGUGGUAAAAGCGUUUGACCUCGCCGGGCACACAUCCGGAGUCCACGACUUCGCUUUCAGCGCAGACACCAGUCGUAUGGCCACCGUAUCCAAGGACGGGACGUAUCGUUUCUACGACAUAAAAAUCGAAUACGAGAAGGGGGAAGAUCCGCAUCUUUUGAUGACUGGAAGUUGGGACAACACGGUUCCAGCAAGUCUGGCUUUAUCACCGAAUGCGGAGGUCCUGGUGAUUGCCCACGGAUCGUCUCUAUCUUUUUAUUCUACUAUUACCGGUGCUCUAGAUACCACUAUGCAAGACAUUUUUAUCGAAUCUAUAACAUGUUUGGCUUUUGAUGCUAUGGGAGAAUAUCUAUUAGUUGCUGGUGAUAAGCACAUAAAGAUUUUCCGCAACGUCACUGGAUGCCGAACCACAAUAGAAUCUGCUAAACGCAAACUGAAACAGAGGCAGACUGAAGCAACAAAGGAACGCCUUGAAAAGAUGAUUCGUGACAAUAAAGAAUUACUCGAAAAGAUGGGAGAGAAAUGUCCAGAAUGACGUUAAUCUCUCUUCUAUCAUUCUAUGCAAAAUGCCAAAAUUAAUUAUUAAUUAAAAAUGAGAUAAAAUUAUAUUCUUGGGAAGUUUAAAUACUUUCUACAAUAUAUCAUGUAAAUAUUAAUGCAUGAAUAUUUACCUAUUUUCUGCAAAUAAAAAUAAUUUUCAUAUGCAUGAAUGUGUGACAUUAAA